UGCCACUGGUCACAUCCGGGGAACUCUGUGCUCUCCAGCUGCAUCCCCGCCUCGUUAACUGACGAGCAGACUGACACUUUCUGCCGGUUGACCGGGCAGGAAAGACUCAAACUCACGGGAUGUCAAGGCUGGAACCGGGCAAACAUGUGAAAAGGGGAGUUGCGAUGAAGUAGCCUAGUUGGAAGGAAAGGCUACGAUAGAGGAAAAGAUGGCGAACAACUCAACUUUAGACAGCGUGUUUUCUAACAGAACAGGACAGAAUUCAUCUCAACCGUCUCCGUUCACCGAAAUCCGGGAGAAUCCGCUGAAGACUUAUCUCCUGGGAAUCAUCAUUUCGAUAUGUGGGAACUUCCUCAUCAGCAUUUCUCUGAAUAUACAGAAAUACGCCCACAUGCGCCAGUCCCAGCUCGGCGACUCCAGGCCCUACUACACCUCGGUGCUGUGGUGGAGUGGCGUGGGUCUGAUGGGACUCGGGGAGCUGGGGAACUUCGCAGCCUACGGCUUCGCCCCGGCCUCCCUCAUCGCACCACUGGGCUGUGUUUCAGUCAUAGUAUAUCUAACCAAGGACAGAGGAAGAGACUGUAGGAAUCUGCGGCACGAGAGCUUCUCUCGGCGACGAGACUCCUGGCUUCAUGAGGAGUUGCUAUGGUUACAGGAGAUGGAUCUCGUCUGUCCCAAAGGUAGAGGGGAAACCCUGAACCGUGAGAUGAGCUCUCUGUGUGGGAUGUUAUCAGCCACCUGGUGGGCAGGAUCAACCAAACCAGUCAACAUCUCCUAUUUCAUCUCUGUGGUGGAUGACGUCAUCUCUGGGUGGCGCACUAGCAGUGGUGGGAACCUAUCUCCUGGUCACCUUUGCCCCCACACCUCUACCCACAUCACCGCCCACCUGGUCCAGAGAUACGCUGUCAGCUGGCAGUUCCUGAUUUACCUGUCUAUGGGGGAUCAGUGUUUUCAGAAUGGGAUCCUGCUCUAUUUGUACAAGAGGAGGAAUAUCAAGCAUGUAACCAUAGUGAUGCUGCUGGUGGCUCUGCUGGCCUCCCUGACGGUGAUCUCGGUCAAAGCUGUGUCUGGGAUGAUCACGGAGUCCCUAAAGGGAGAUCUCCAGCUCACCUACCCCAUCUUCUACGUCAUGGUGGUGGUCAUGGUGGCCUCCUGUGCCUUCCAGAUAAAAUGGGAUGUCGUCCCCAUCAACUUUGUGUUCUUCACUGCCAGUGCCAUUACAGCAGGAAUAGUAUUUUACCAGGAAUUCCAGGGCUUGGCUUUGCUCAAUAUUUUAAUGUUUCUCUUUGGCUGCCUGCUCUCAUUCAUUGGAGUCUUCCUGAUAGCCAGAGACAGACCCAAGAUCAAGACUGAAAACAUUACCUUUAUAGCCAUGGGGAAAAUACCAGGGAGAAAAUGUAAGGACAAGGUCCAGCCGGAGGCUAAAAGCAACACGUACGGAUCUCUGGCAGCUAAACUCAUGUGUAACAAACCUGGCCCACAGGACGACUCCUAAUAUCAGCCACACCUGUCUGUCUGUGUACAGAGACUACCUGUGUCAACACUACACAUCUCUCUCCUGGGUUGCCAGACUGACUGACUACAGGGACAAAGUGAGAGCACUGUCUCCAUUAGCAAAAAAUUCCCCAGAUUUUCCAGAAAUCCGUGUAUCUUCUAACUCGAUCCUGAUUCCAGGAGACUUUGCUGAAGCAGGAUUUCUGGGAAAAACCUGGAUAUCUUUGGGAAGGUUACAAUUGUCAGGGAAUUGAACUCUGUUGCUACAGAUACUGAGGAGACGUCUCAGGAUCGAACCCAAAUGCACUACAGACACAAAUAAAACUUUAUUUAAUUCUCAAGGAACCACCUGAUAUUCUCUGUUAAUACGAAAGCAACUGUUGGAUCGAGUUUCUGAUGAGAUGGUUUCAAUCAUUGAUUUGUUAAUAAACUGGAAUGUGAUAUUUAAA